AUGACGUUCUACUCGAGUGAGGACACCGAGUUCAUAAAGCCCCAGGUUAAGAAGUAUCCGGUUCGCAUCAGCAUCCAGCACUGGCAGCUGCGUGAUCUCCUGGCAUGCCCCAGCAACAGAAACGAAUUUAUAUACUCGAACGAGCGGAGCGUGCUCAUGUAUAAUACGACCGAGAAGCGGACCACCACGAUCUUUCGAGAUAUGUCGUUCUCGCCGUCGUCUCUGUCGGCUGGAUGCGGAUACCUGGCAGCUGGAGGACAGCGAAGCCAACUGAUCGUCCGCAACCUAUCCAACAACUGGUUUGCCCAGAUCUCCGUCGGCGGAUCGAUCAACAACGCCAUGAGCAUAUCCAACCACCUUGGGUCCACUCGUCUGCUGGUGUGCAACAACGAUGAGACCAUCAAAGUAUACAAUCUGCCGAGCCUCCAGAGGAUCACCAACAUCUCGCUGCCGGUCGCCGUCAACUAUGUCUCGGUGAGCCCGGACGGCAAAAAGAUGGUGGCCGUGGGAGACUCGAACCAGGUGUUUCUGUAUGACAUCUCUCCCACGGGAGGGUACCAAAAGAUCUCGACCCUGACAGCAUCCAGCGACGCAAGCUUUUCAUGUGCGUGGAACCAGUCAUCGGAAAAGUUUGCUGUCGCCAGCCAAGACGGCUGUGUGUCUGUCUGGGACGUCCGGAGCAGCGAGAAGCUUGCCAAGAUCACAUCGAAGCAGUACCCGCAAGUCAAGGGCGCCUGUCGAUCGGUCAAAUUCUCACCGUCAGGGCCUGUCGAUCUACUCAUGUUCAGCGAGCACGUCUCGUACAUCAACUUGGUCGACACGAGGAAUUUCUCCGAAGUCCAAUCGAUCCGCGUGGCUCCACCAGAGAACGACCAGCACAUUUCCGGCGUCUCGUUUUCGCCGGACAGCAGCACAAUCUUUGUUGGCCUCGAAACAGCUGUGUACGAGUACCAAGUCAAUGUCAUGGCCCGUCGGUGCUUUCCAGACGGCACACUGAAUUAG